GGACAGGAAGUGUUAUGACGUCGACCAAUGGGACAAGACGUUUAUUCUAGGGGUUUAGUUCUGGAGUGGCCCGUUAUUGAUGCAAGUCGUGGCCCGAAAAUCGGUUGAGAGGACAUGAACAUGUACCAGGUUCCCAGCCCGGGAAUACCAGGCUGUCCACCUGGACUGGAAUACCUGACUCAGGUGGACCAGCUACUUAUCAAACAGAAGGUUGAGCUUGUUGAAGCUCUCGUGGGAUUCGAGAGUAACAACAAAUAUGAGGUGCGCAACGCCAUGGGCCAGAACGUGUUUUACGCCGUUGAGGAGAACGACUGCCUGAGUCGCCAGUGCUGCGGUCCCAUGCGGCCCUUCUCCAUCCACAUUCUGGACAACUUCGGACAGGAGAUCAUCACCGUCACCCGCCCGCUCAAGUGCAUGUCCUGCUUCUUCCCGUGCUGUCUACAGGAGUUGGAGGUGCAGGCCCCCCCGGGAAACACGGUGGGCUACGUCAUGCAACAGUGGCACCCCUUCUCCCCGAAAUUCAUCGUCGCCAAUGAACACGCGGAGCUGGUCCUGAAGAUCCACGGCCCCUUUUGCGGAUGGAGCUGCCUUCCGGAUGUGGACUUUGAGAUUCUGACCAUGGAUGAGGUCAGCAAGAUUGGCAAAAUCAGCAAGCAAUGGACCGGCCUCCUUCGGGAAGUCUUCACAGAUUCGGACAACUUUGGUAUCCAGUUUCCGAUGGACCUGGACGUCAGGAUGAAGGCCGUCAUGAUCGGGGCAUGUUUUCUCAUUGAUUUCAUGUUUUUUGAGACGACUAACUGAGGAGUUAAAAAACAACAACAACAAACGUUAUCAUGCAAAGCUGCUGGAAGGAACAAGGCCACAAAAGUCCCCACAAAAAGUGAGCCGUGCCGAAGACAUUUAUGUGUCAGAACGGUCCUCCGACAAAUAGCUUAACAGAAAAGAACAUUUACGUUCUAAAAAAGCACGACAUGAAGAAACACAGACGUGAAGAUACAAGGUUUGUUAUUUAUUUUUAGUUGCCGUCGUCGGAUUUGAACUCGUGUUAGGCUUAUGUUAACUUUGGGAUGCCUCGGUUACCAUGGAAAUGAUUUUGUGUAAACAAAUAAAACGUCAUUUGUACGAUUCGGUGAGACAGUGUGCCGCGUGAUGUAACACGGUCCUCAAAUUCAAAUAGUGGACAAAGUAUGUGUCGUGUUUGAACAAAAAGCACUUAUUCAGUGUGUCGUUUGAUUCCGCUUCUUCGCUGCUUUAUAUGUGUGCUUUCAGUUCACUUUUAAUUUAAUGACAAUACCUUUCACCUACCCCCCCCCAAAAAAAGAUACCGGAAUUGAUAAUGAUUGAAAGUGUAUGACUGGGCCUCCACCGCAAGGGGUCGCUAGCGCUUGAAGUAAGCCACAUUCCCGUGACCUCCGAGCCUGCUCGAUGCCACCGAUAUUGCUGCGGACUGUAUAUUUUCGAAUAGACUCAGGUUGAAAUUGCAUGCCACUUCAAUUUAGUGUCACCGACUGCUCACUCACUUGCAACUACGGAUUGUACACACACAUAAACA